AUGGGGACCUUGACGCACUUGAAAAUUUCGAGCUCAACGACUCGCAACUGAAGGCCGUGCGCGACUGCGUUUCAGCAGUGCAGGAACCGACGCCCUCCGUGCGCCUGAUCAAGGGCCCACCCGGGACGGGGAAGACGAAGACCAUCAGCGCGCUCCUGUGGUCCAUGCUGAUCAAGAACCACAGGACUGUGACCUGCGCCCCGACGAACACCGCGGUGGUGGAGGUGGCUUCUCGAGUCCUCAGUCUCAUCGAGGAGUCCUCCGGCGGUGGCAGCAAGAAGUGCUUCCUGAGUGAUGUCGUGCUCUUCGGCAACGAGGACAGGAUGGGCGCGGGCGGCGACCUAAAAAGGAUUUUCAUGGAGUCCCGUGUUCGCCGCCUGCGUCAGUGCUUGACGCCAGGGUCAGGGUGGACACACUGUCUGAGUUCUAUGCUCAGUCUUCUUGAGCAUCCUUUGGUUCAGUAUGAAAGGUAUAUUGAAGGCAUCGAGAAUGACAUAGAUGAAUUGAUUUCAGAAGAAAAGGAGGCAAGGGAUGAUCUUGUCACUAAGAUGAAGAAAGUGCAAACUUCAUCCAGAAAAGAAGAAAUCAAAGAGUUACAGAAAAAGCUACAGGACAUACAGAAAAGUAUACAGGAAAUAGAGAGAAAUAAAAUGUCGUUCAAGACCCACUUUCAGAGUAACUACAAGCGUCUGGAGAAAGAUUUGUGCAGCUGUGUGGAGAUUUUCUGCGAUGAUCUUCCCAGAUCUGCAGCCUCUGAAGAAAAUUUUUGCUGCAUGGCUGAGGUUCCGCCCUUGCUCAACGCGUUUGCAGAGCUCGUACAAUCUGAAUCUGAUGAACGCCUGCGAACCCUGUUUGAAAGUGACGACGAUGGAACAGACCGUUCUUUGUUCAGGAAUUUUUUGACCCAUGUGCACGACGGUGUGAGUUUUGAGCUGAAGCAGGCAAGGUCGUCGUGUCUUCGGAAGCUCAAACACCUAUCUGUUCACUUUGAGCUGCCAGAAUUAUUCGACAGCCGAACCAUUGAAGAAUUCUUGCUUCAGAGGGCAAAGAGCGUGCUCUGCACAGCAUCGAGUUCUAACCGUCUGCACUACCAGCCGAAGGCCCAGCCGUUCGAGGUCCUCGUCGUGGACGAGGCUGCGCAGCUUAAGGAGUGCGAGUCGCUGAUACCUCUGCAGCUCCCCGGCGUCCGUCAGGCCGUUCUCAUCGGUGAUGAGCGCCAGCUUCCGGCACUGGUGAAAAGCAAGGUUUGUGAAGAUGCUGGAUUUGGAAGAAGCCUGUUCGUGAGGCUGACAUCCCUGGGGCAGCACCAGCACCUCCUCGACGUACAGUACAGAAUGCACCCGUGGAUCAGCAAGUUCCCCGUCGAGAGCUUCUACGGCGGCCGGAUACUCGACGGACCCAACGUCCUGAGCAGGAGCUACGAGAGGCAGCACCUCACCGGCCCCAUGUUUGGAUCCUAUUCGUUCAUCAACAUCGAGGGCGGCAACGAGAGCACCGGCAAGCACGACAGGAGCCUGAUCAACCCCGUCGAGGCCGCCGCCGUGGUCCGGAUCCUGCAGAGGCUCUCCAAAGAGUCCGCUGACAAGAACAAGGCGGUCCGCGUGGGCGUGGUGUCGCCGUACAAGGGCCAGGUGCGGGCCAUCGAGGAGAAGCUCGCCGGGGCGUGCGCGGCGCACGCCGGGUUCUCGGUGAAGGUGCGGUCGGUGGACGGGUUCCAGGGCGCCGAGGAGGACGUGAUCAUCUUCUCCGCUGUGCGGAGCAACACCGCCGGCAAGAUCGGCUUCCUCGCCGACAUCAACCGCACCAACGUCGCGCUCACCCGGGCCAAGCAUUGCCUGUGGAUCCUGGGCGACGCGAAGACGCUGGCGAGCGGCAAGACCAUCUGGCGGCAGAUCGUGGCCGACGCCAAGGACCGGGGCCGCUUCUUCGACGCCAAGGACGACGAGGACCUCUCCAACGCCGUAAUCAAGGCCGCCAUCGACCUGGACCAAGUGGAGAGUCUACUCAAGUUCGAUGGCCUGCGUAUCCGUGGCGGUGGCGGGUCGCGGUCAGGGGUCCGAUGGUAA